AUGUCUCUUCAUCAUCUCGUCUCGAACAGUCGCCAGAAGCAAUAUGCACAGAACAUGGCUGGCCAUUUGGCCAGGGAAGCACUUCCUGAUCUUGAAUCGCCCAUUUCUCGAGACGAUCUCAAGCAACUCUGGCAUCUCAGCCAUGUCACGAAAAUUUCAUCACUAUUCCAACGCAAACGCUCCACUGACAGCAAACUGCAGCACGCGUACCGGGACCUUCAGACCAAGGAGAAGAAGUCUCCCAACUUCCUAGACAUACCGGCAGAGCUCCAAUUCCAGGUCCUGUACACACGCUGGGAACCUAUCAAGGCCCACCCCAUCUACAUCACGCGCAUCGGCAUGCACGGUAACAACGCCCGCUCAAGCACCGCAGAAAAGAUGGCGUAG